AUGUGCAGCACGACGACCAUACACGACGGAUUUCGAACAAUGAACAAAAUAAACGAAAAAGGAAAUUCUCACAGGGUUUAUAAGUUGGUUUUGACGGGGGGUCCGUGCGGUGGAAAGACAACGGGUCAAUCGAGGCUAUCGACAUUUUUCGAAAAUCUCGGAUGGAAAGUUUUCCGGGUUCCGGAAACGGCGACCGUCCUCCUGAGCGGUGGAAUCAAAUUUUCCGAUUUGUCACCGGAAGAAACGGUUAAAUUUCAAGAGAAUUUACUCAAGACGAUACUUCAAAUAGAGAACACUUUUUUCACGUUGGCCGAAACUUGUACUCAAGAUUGUCUCAUUAUCUGUGAUAGAGGUGCCAUGGAUGCUUCCGCAUAUCUUUUAAACGAAAAAUGGGAACACAUAAUAAAAACGAAUAAUUGGAACAACGUCGAACUUCGCGACAACAGAUACAAUCAAAUAAUUCACAUGAUGUCGGCUGCCGUCGGAGCGGAAGAAUUUUAUUCGACGGAAGAUCAUGCAUGCCGAAGCGAGGGAGUUCAAUUGGCGCGAGAAAUCGAUUACAAAUCCGCAGCAUCCUGGGUGGGUCACCCGUAUUUCGACGUCAUUGACAAUUCUACGGAUUUCGAGACGAAAAUGAAAAGGAUGAUAGAUGCCGUGUGUCAAAAAUUGGGGGUCAACACGGGGGAUCGACUUUUGAAAAAUUCUAAAAAGCAUAAGUUUCUCGUGAGAGGACCCCUUCCGCCGGACGAUCAAUUUCCACCAUUUCAAGAUUUCGACGUCGUUCAUAAUUAUUUGCAGAGCAGUAGUCCCAACGUGCAAGCGAGACUGAGAAAAAGAGGACAGAAGGGACAUUGGAUGUACAUACACACAUUGCGUAAACCAAAGAUAAAAGAUCAGACCAUCGAAGUGAGAACUCAGUUGAGCGUUCGGGAUUAUUUGAACAUAUUGCAACAGAGAGAUCACAGUCAUUUCACCGUUUAUAAAAAAAGGCGGUGCUUUUUAAUCAACAAUCAGUAUUUUCAAUUGGAUAUUUAUAAAAAACCCGGUCACCCUCGUUGCCGCGGAUUGUUACUUUUGGAAACGUAUUCGACUUUGGACGAUUCGGAAUUGGUUAAAAGGUUGCCAAAUUUUUUAGACAUCGCCGAAGAAGUUACCGGUAAUCCGAAAUAUUCAAUGUUCAAUUUAUCCCUAAUAGAAGAUUGGGAUUCGACCAAUCAAUUUUGCUACCAGUUCACGGAGAAAAAAGUCAACGGUUUCAAUCACGAGGAAUUGAAAAAUUCUUCUUUGAUCGCGGAAAAGAAAAAUUAA